AUCUCACCCAGAUCACGUUUGAACUCUAUGAACGUCAUCGUGGUUUAUCUGGUGAUAAGGAUAAGGAAUAUUCUUUGCGUGUGGCAUUUAGUCCCGGAGCCCAUGACCCAAAUAUCUUGGAUUUACAACUAGAUGCUCGGCAUUGUAUGAUUGUAGCACCAAGAAAAAAUCUUACGGACCACUUACCCCUGGAUGAAGCACUCUCAUAUUAUAAAACUAAAGUUUAUAGUCCACCAGCAAGUGUCAUAGCGGAGCCGGUUAAACAGAAUGUUCGCGAAUCACUUUCGUCGUCACCUUUUUUUGGAUUUCAACUUAGCAAAUCCAUUUAA